UUAAUUCAGUAUUAUUAUUUAGUAGUUACAUAUAUAACAAUUUUCACAUUAAAAUAAUGUAAAUCGGAGAUAAUGAAAUCGCAAUCUAUUUUCGAUAUAAAUAUGACUAUGAAUAUUAAUCGUGAAAUUAUUAACCAUAGUAAAAACAAUAAUGAUUUUGUACCUUAUCAAGGAGAACGUUUCGAUAUUUUUGAUUGGACAUUUUUCAAAAGUAUAAGCAAGAAAUAUUCUAAAAACGUUAUUCUUUCGUCAAUAUCUUUAAAAAUUGCAUUAGUAUUAUUAUAUGAAGGAGCUCAAGAUGAAACUGCAUAUGAAUUUGCUGAUAUAUUGCAAUUACCCGUUACCCGAAAUGCUACACGAAAAAAGUUUUCUAAUAUUUUACAAUCACUUCAGACUAAUUUUACAGUAUAUACUUUAAAUAUUGGUACACGAAUUUAUAUUGAUUCGAAUAUUUUGAUUAGACAACAAUAUGAAGCCAAUGUAAAAAUCUUUUAUAACACUGAUGUGAUCAUUGCGAAUUUAUCUAAUGCACAGCCCUUAGUUAAGACAAUUAAUAAUUGGGUCAGUAAUGUUACUAAUGUUAAUAUUGAUCGAAUAAUAGAAGAUGAUAAUAGUGUGAAAAAUUCUUUGAUGUUGAUUGUGAAUACUCUUUUCUUUAAAGAAAAAUUAUGCAAAUAUUUUUCUUCAGAAAAUACAAAAAAUUAUGGCAAAUUUCAUUUAAUUGAUAAUCGAACUGUAGAUAUACCUAUUAUGCAUGCUUACGGACGAUUUUACUAUAUCGAAUCUUCUGACUUGAACGCCAAAAUUUUAAGAAUUAUAUGAUGUAUGUAAUCUAUUAUCCUCUUUUUUCUUUUUUUUUAUUUUAUCUUAUUUUAGGGAUAAUUUGCUAUAUAUUUGUUAUUACUACGCAUAUUAAACGGAAUUGAUCAACUCAUCAAUAAAAUUAAUCCUUUUGUAUUAACACGAUACAUAUGGCUAAUGCAAGAUUUACCUGUUGACGUCUUAAUUCCUAAAUUCAAAUUUGACUUUUCUAGUCACUUAGAACCCAUUCUACGUGAACUUGGUAUUCGCGAUAUUUUUGAUGAUACUGCAACGUUAACUAGUAUAGUUCAAACAAAACGAACUUCAAAACGUCUUAAGGUUUCAAAUAUUUUACAAAAAACUGGAAUCGAAAUAAAUGAGAGAACUAUAGCUUAUGUGGCUACCGAAAUUGAAAUUGGAAAUAAAAACAAGGAUGAAAUAUUUCAUGCUAAUCAUCCGUUUUUAUUUUAUAUUGAAGACGAAUCCAUUGAAAGAAUUAUUUAUAUCGGCAAAAUUAUGAAUCCUCUGGACACAAUGGAUAAUAUAAAAAUAAAAUAAAAAUAAAUUACUAGCAAGAAUCAAUA